UCAGUCAGAACUGUAUUCGAAUUCCCCAAGCAAUCUUACAUUGAAAACCUCGCUGUUCGAAGUAAUGGCCAAAUUCUCAUCUCGGAUCUCAGUUCAUCACAGCUUUUCCUUUUCGAUCCUUCGGCAUCUUGGCCAAGUCAGCCUGUUGUUGUUCAUGACUUCACCGAGUCUCUUGGCCUCGCAGGCAUUGCGGAGUACCAGCCCGAUGUAUUUGCCGUGAUUUCUGGCAACACUUCUUUUACCAGCAAUAUCCCCAGUGCCGGAACGUGGAAUGUUUGGAGUGUGGACUUGCGCGGCGUCGGCAUUUCCUCAUCUCAUGGCAAAUUGGGGCUCACAUCGCCUCCUGUGGUGAAGAAUAUUGCUCACGUUGAGCCAGCUCAGUUUCUCAACGGCAUUUCAUUACUGUCCCAAAAAGACCAGACACUUCUCAUUGGUGAUGUUAAUGGUGGUGUCAUCUGGAGCUUGGAAAUUGAGACGGGACAUUACGAGGUUGUUAUCAACAACACUUACACGCAGCUCUACCCAUCGCCGCCUUUCUCGGCAUCAGGCGUAGAUGGUGUUCAUGUUCGCAGUGACUCAGUUUACUUCACAAACUUUGGAAACGGUACUUUCAAUAAGAUGCCUAUCAAUUCGGACGGAUCCCCCGCUGGGCCCGUUACAACAAUUGCACAUACCAAGGGGCCACUGGACCAGUAUGAUGACUUUACUUUCGACUGCGAUGGUAAUGCAUACGUGGUUACUGGAGGCGGAAAUACUAUUGAGAUGAUCUCAGCUGAUGGUAAGCGCCAAGUCAUUAUUGCUGGCAAUCUCAAUUCUACUGCGAUUGCCGAGCCAACCUCUUGUGCAUUUGGCCGUGGCCCACACGAUAAGAAUGUCCUCUAUGUCGUUACGGCUGGUGGAAUGGAAACGCCCGUGAAUGGAGACAUUGUGAUUGGUGGACAACUCGUUGCAGUCAAC